AUGCACUGUGAUGGAGACAAUGAUUGUGAAGAUCACUCGGAUGAAGUAAACUGCACAAUCUCUAAACCUCUGCACUGUCAGAAUGGGGAUUUUAGGUGUCAAAGUGGUGAAUGUAUCUUGAAAGAAUGGAAGUGUGAUGAUGCCAAAGACUGUAAGGAUGGAAGUGAUGAAAAGGUCGAUUUGCAAAAACUUAAUUUGGUGGACCAGAAAGUUCCUACAAAGAAUGAGAUUGCAAGCCUGACUAAUGUUAACCAGAUCUCUUCUAUUGACUUCAUCAUGCAAGAUCGAACCCUUGUUUUUGCUGUUAAACAUGGCCUAGAAGGUAGAAGAAACAGCCCUAAGUUAGCAUGUGCAAAUAUGGAUGGAACAAAUAGGAGAAUACUGUGGAGGAAGAGUAAAGCUGUGGUAGGUCUGACAUUUGCAGACUCUGGAACCAGACUUUAUUGGGCUGACAGAGGAUAUGGUACUAUUGAAUCAAUUAAGGUUGAUGGAACAAGUUAUAAGGUGGUCCGGAGUAGACUGCAUGGCGUAAACAUGUUCACUGUUGAGGAUAAUGUAUUGUUCUGGACUACUUUUGAUAAUGAUACAGGAAGAGUUUGGUUUAGUAAAAUUGGCACAAGUGAAAAUAAAUAUUUUGAAAUGAACCAAAAAGUGUUAUAUCUAAAAGUAUCUAGCCGACCAGCUCAGCAAGCUAAAAAUCAAUGCUCUCAAAAUAAUGGUGGAUGUAGUCAAAUUUGUCUGCCAAACCUUGAAAGCCGCACAUGUCGUUGUUCACCUACACAUCGUCUAGUGGAUGAAACAAUAUGCCUUGAAGAGCCUAAAUGUACCAAAGGUUACUUGCUCUGCAAAGAUGGAUUAAAAUGUGUCCCCAACAGCAAUAUAUGUGACAAUCAGAAGGACUGUUUGGAUGGAUCUGAUGAGAAAGGCUGUGCAUUUAGCAGUAAUGAAAAAAGUUUAAGGCCGGUCACCCCACCAAAAAAACCUAAAGUGUCCACAGAAGGCAUGGCUCAUCCAAGACUUUAUGAGGAAACUACAGUAUUGUUGAAGACAAAGCCACCAACUCCAGAAAGCAAUACUUUCUCUGAAAAUAUUGAAGAACUGGAAGAUGACAGCCUUACAAAUGAAGAUUAUGAAAGAAAGAUGGAGUAUAGGCCAUGUAACAGGAAGACUUGUAACAUGAGGGGAGAAUGUACAGUAGAUGCUGGUGUAAUCAAAUGUAGCUGUUUUUCAGACUACAGCGGAGAGUUUUGUGAAGAUGGCGUAAAACCACUUGCUGUGCCCCUCACUGUUGGCACAAUUGCAGUUCUGCUUGUAUGUGCAUUAGUGGCUGGAGCCUUUGUUUAUGUGAGCCGAAGAAAAGCCUUACAGAGGACCUCUAGCUCAGCUUCUUCAAUGACUCUAACUAGGCAACCUGCUAAGGACAUGGAGCCACUAGAGGAUCAAAACAAAGAGUCUUCUGAAACCUUCCUGAAUGAUGUAUUUGAUGCUGAGGGCAGUGCUGCUGAACAGGAACUGAACGCUGCAAGUCUCCCUCUAUAACGCAAG